AUGAAACGUAGUAUUUUUAAUACACCAUUAACCUUAUUCAAAAAAACAAAACUAGAACUGAUUAAAUCAAAUUAUAUUAUUUAUUUUAUUGAAGGAACAACAGAAAAUGGAACUAUUAUUUUAAAACCUCAAUUAUUACCAAUUCAAAAUAUAAAACCAUUGACACUGUCUGGAUUGAAAUAUAUUUCUUCUUUUAAUACUUUUUAUAGUCAAGCAACACCAUUCAUUAAGUAUAUUUUUGGAAUUCUUUCUCAAAUUCAUUGUAAAGUUAAUUUAACUCUAGAAACUUGUACUGAAAUAAAUGAAGAGGUAAUUAGUCAUUUCUUUAGAAAUAACUUAAAAGUUACAAUUUCUUCAUUUAAUUCAUAUGACAAAUCAGAGUUUGUAAGACUUGCAUCAAAGUAA